AUGGAGAGUAUGGACACGGAGCGCGAUCUUAUCGAGGAGACGGAAAUCGUGGGAUACAACGACGACACCACCAGCGAAGGUAUUGAUGGCUUUGGCCAGGGAGUCAAUAGUGGAGAGCCGCGUCAUCCGGCCCUCGCUGACUGCAUGAUACAAUGCUUGAUUUAUAAUAACUCUAUUAAGUUCCUGAAUGCUAGCAUGACGAAGGUCAUACAAGCGUUCACUAUCUUCCUAUCUCGCCUCACCUCUACUGCAGAUGGCCAAAUCUACGAUGAUCGGGAUAUUAGACUGAACAGGCAGUUGGAACAGCGAUGA